CAGUGCAAUCACUGCUGACUUACUUAAAAAGAAGGGGAACUUCUAGGUGCGACAGAGGCUAAUACUGAGGAUUAUUACAUCAGUUUGGUUUAUUCAUUGCUUUUGGAGAACCACUGGCCACCGGCUUCCUGAGCACAGGUUCCCGAUGUUAUCAGCAGCAUAAGGCAGUUGUCUAAAGCUGCCAUGAAAGAGGAUGCCAAGCCCAGCAAAGACAACGAGGAUGCCUUCUACAACUCCCAGAAGUUCGAAGUCCUGUACUGCGGGAAGGUGACCGUGACCCACAAGAAGGCCCCGUCCAGCCUCAUCGACGACUGCAUCGAGAAGUUCAGCCUGCACGAGCAGCAGCGCCUCCGGGGCCAGGGCGAGCACGGCCCUGACGCCGCCAACCACCGGGCCGUCUUCGAGGUGGAGGGGCCCAGCUCCCCCGCAGACAUUCUGUUGGAGGAAGACGAUGACAUCCCCGACACCCACCCUGCCUUGCCAGCCGUGGCCACCCAGCCUGCGCUGGCCAGCUCUCGAGGUUGCUUCCCAGAGAGGAUUUUGGAGGAUUCUGUCUUUGAUGACCCGCAGGAGUUCCGCUCCCGGUGCAGCAGCGUCACCGGCCUGCAAAGGAAAGUCCCAGAGAACAGCCACAAACCACAGCCACGAAGGCGACACGCCAGCGCGCCCAGCCACGUGCAGCCCUCGGACUCGGAGAAGAACAGAACCAUGCUGUUUCAGGUUGGGCGGUUUGAGAUCAACCUUAUCAGUCCAGACACCAAAUCAGUUGUGCUCGAAAAGAAUUUUAAAGACAUCUCUUCUUGUUCGCAGGGUAUAAAGCACGUGGACCACUUUGGCUUUAUCUGUCGGGAGUCCCCAGAGCCUGGGCUGAGCCAGUACAUCUGUUACGUGUUCCAGUGUGCCAGUGAAUCUCUGGUGGAUGAGGUAAUGCUGACUCUGAAACAGGCUUUCAGCACGGCGGCCGCCCUCCAGAGUGCCAAGACCCAGAUCAAGCUGUGCGAGGCCUGCCCCAUGCACUCUUUGCAUAAGCUCUGUGAAAGGAUUGAAGGUCUCUACCCCCCAAGAGCCAAGCUGGUGAUUCAGAGGCAUCUCUCAUCCCUGACAGAUAAUGAGCAAGCGGACAUCUUUGAACGAGUCCAGAAAAUGAAGCCAGUCAGCGACCAGGAGGAAAAUGAACUUGUGAUUUUGCACCUGAGGCAGCUGUGUGAAGCCAAGCAGAAGACACACAUUCAUAUCGGGGAAGGCCCGUCGACUUUUUCAAAUAGUACAAUCCCGGAAAAUGCGACAAGCAGUGGAAGGUUCAAACUUGACGUUCUGAAAAAUAAAGCUAAGAGAUCUUUAACUAGCUCCCUGGAGAAUAUCUUUUCAAGGGGAGCUAACAGAAUGAGAGGGCGGCUUGGAAGUAUGGACAGCUUUGAACGGGCAAACAGUCUUGCUUCAGAGAAGGACUACUCACCGGGAGACUCUCCGCCAGGGACGCCCCCAGCCUCCCCACAGGCCUCAGGUUGGCAGACGUUCCCUGAAGAGGAUUCUGACUCCCCACAGUUUCGAAGACGGGCACACACGUUCAGCCACCCGCCAUCAAUCACCAAGAGAAAGCUGAAUUUGCAGGAUGGGAGGGCUCAUGGGAUGCGCUCCCCUCUCCUGAGGCAGAGCUCCAGCGAACAGUGCAGCAUUCUUCCAUCCGCUCGGCGCAUGCACAAGGAGAGUAACUCUUCCUCCAGCCUUCCAAGUCUGCACACUUCCUUCUCUGCCCCUUCCUUCACUGCCCCCUCUUUCCUGAAAGGCUUUUACCAGAAUUCAGGUAGACUGUCCCCACAGUAUGAAAAUGAAAUCAGACAGGACACUGCUUCAGAAUCAAGUGAUGGAGAGGGGAGAAAAAGGACCUCGUCUACUUGCAGCAAUGAUUCCCUGAAUGUUGGAGGAACCCCUGUCACUCCUCGCCGAAUCUCCUGGCGGCAGCGCAUCUUCCUCAGGGUUGCUUCUCCCAUGAACAAGUCUCCCUCAGCAAUGCAGCAGCAGGAUGGACUGGACAGGAAUGAGCUGCUGCCGCUGUCCCCUCUCGCUCCCACCAUGGAGGAGGAACCGGUGGUUAUAUUCAUGUCUGGGGGCGAUGACCCAGAAAAAGCUGAAGAAAGAAAAAAAUCAGAAGAAUUGAGGAGUUUGUGGAGAAAAGCUAUACACCAACAAAUUUUGUUGCUUCGAAUGGAAAAAGAAAACCAGAAACUGGAAGAAGCAAGCAGAGAUGAACUCCAUUCCAGAAAAAUUAAAUUGGACUAUGAAGAAGUUGGUGUAUGUCAGAAGGAGAUCUUAAUAACCUGGGAUAAGAAGUUAUUGAACUGCAGAGGAAAAACAAAAUGUGAUAUGGAAGACAUUCAUACUUCUCUUAAAGAAGGUGUUCCCAAAAGCCGACGAGGAGAAAUCUGGCAGUUCCUAGCUAUACAGUAUCGUCUACGGCACCGAUUGCCCAAUAAGCAGCAACCUCCAGACAUAUCCUAUAAGGAACUUCUGAAGCAGCUCACCACCCAGCAGCAUGCUAUUCUCGUGGAUUUAGGAAGGACAUUUCCUACUCACCCUUACUUUUCAGCACAGCUUGGGGCAGGGCAACUGUCACUCUUCAACCUCUUGAAAGCCUACUCCUUGCUGGACAAAGAAGUGGGUUACUGUCAGGGGAUCAGCUUUGUGGCUGGAGUCCUGCUUUUGCACAUGAGUGAAGAGCAAGCCUUUGAAAUGCUGAAGUUCCUCAUGUAUGACCUGGGCUUCCGCAAACAGUACAGACCCGACAUGAUGUCGCUGCAGAUUCAAAUGUACCAGCUGUCCAGACUCCUUCAUGACUAUCACAGAGAGCUCUACAAUCACCUGGAAGAAAAUGAAAUCAGCCCCAGUCUUUAUGCUGCCCCCUGGUUCCUCACAUUGUUUGCCUCUCAAUUUCCAUUAGGAUUUGUAGCCAGAGUUUUUGAUAUUAUUUUUCUUCAGGGAACUGAGGUUAUAUUUAAGGUUGCACUCAGCCUGCUGAACAGCCAAGAAACACUUAUAAUGGAAUGUGAAAGCUUCGAAAAUAUUGUUGAGUUUCUUAAAAGCACGUUACCUGAUAUGAAUACAUCUGAAAUGGAAAAAAUUAUCACCCAGGUUUUUGAGAUGGACAUUUCUAAACAGUUGCAUGCCUAUGAGGUGGAGUACCACGUGCUGCAGGAUGAGUUGCAGGAAUCGUCCUAUGCCUGUGAGGACAGUGAGCCUGUGGAGAAGCUGGAGAGGGCCAACAACCAACUGAAAAGGCAAAACAUGGACCUCCUAGAAAAACUGCAGAUAGCUCAUGCUAAAAUCCAGACCUUGGAAUCCAACCUGGAAAAUCUUUUGACCAGAGAGACCAAAAUGAAGUCUUUAGUCCGGACGCUGGAGCAAGAGAAGAUGGCUUAUCAGAAGACAGUGGAGCAGAUCCGGAAGCUGCUGCCUGCCGAUGCCCUGGCCGACUGCGAGGCGCUGCUCAGAGACCUGACCUGCAACCCCAACCACAAAGCCAAGGCUGGGGGCAAGGCGUAGCCGGGGCUCGGAGGAUGCUGCGGACAGUCUGUGAGCUGCGGGCUGCGCUGGGCAAGACACUGAGGGUGGACCGCGUCCUGGCUGAGCCCCAGCCCCAGCCCCAGCCCCCGCCAGUGGGCCUCACUCUCACCAGAGUUUGCCAACCCUAAGCCAUUGGGCAUAGGUGGACUAAUUUCUGUUGUUGUAGACUAUGUACAUAUAGAAAAUGGACAUCAAGAAUUCACACUUCGGGACAAAAGGAGUCCAUGUAUAUUUAGAGCAAUUUUUAAAAUCAAAACUUCAUGAAAUCCACACCAAAGGGAAGUUACGGUCAAGUUCCCCUUAGACACAUGCGAAAUCAUCUCAUCUUUGUAGUGAAACAAAGCUAGUGAAUCUUUGUCUAUUGAGAUAUA